AUGCGGCUCAUAUCCUCGAUCCUUCUUGCUGCCUUUCUCUCAACUCAGGUCUUUGCUGAACCUGGGGCUGAAGCUGAAAAAUCGCCGGAAAUAAAGGUACAGACAUUCAGUUGUGGAAAGAUCCUCAAAGUAAAAUCUUCCAAUAUCCAAAACGCCUUACAAUUCAUUAACAAGAAAUAUGAAAAAGCUUCUGGGGCAUGUCAAAAGAAAUCAAAUUGCCUAAAAAAAUGGUAUUAUAAAUAUAGGAAAUAUGACGAAUACACUGGAAACAGUUUCUCUAAAAUAGGAAAAGAUGAUAUCUUACUCCGAAAGUCAAUCAGCGUUAAAACAAAGCGUAGAAGGUUUCAAAACCGUUUCUAUGUCAUCGCUCGUUGUUCACCGAACACCAACUGUCAAUAUAAAGGUAUAGUACGCAAGCCAUACUUUCGAAAAAGGGAUUUUCUAUGUCAUAAGACAAUAGAUGGUAAAAUGGCUUCCAAAAUUCCAGAUGGCUUUCCUCAACCCUCUGCUCCGACUAGUCCAGAUGGAAAAGAGAUAGAAGUUGUUCCUUUAACUCCUAAACCCGCCUUUUCUCCGUCCGAUACUUCAAAAAGCACAAGUAAUGUCUAG